GGAAGGGAAAAGGAGUGAAUGCAUCAACUUUCAUUGUUCUGCUUUCAUGAUUAAGUUGCAGAACAACAUAUCGUAUCAAAUGGCAGAUAUACAUCGUUUAAAGGAACAACUAGCAGAAUUACGACAGGAAUUCAUUCGUCAGGAAGAUCAGCUUCAUGAAUACAAGAAAAACAAUACUUACCUUACAAGGAGAUUGGAAUAUGAUAGUCUGCAGUGUGGGCAGCAGAUCAAGGAAAUGAGACUGCAACAUGAAGAAAAUAUAAAGAAAUUACUGGACCAAGUUAUACGGGAACAAAAGGCCACACAGAAAAUUCAGUCCAGUAAAGGCACUGAAGUAGUAAGUCUCAAUGAUGAUGACCAAGCAGUAUCUAAGACCGUUCCAGAGACAGAAGAUAAAAACACAAUAAAGAAUGAAGAGCCUUCAGAUCAUGUUGUAGAUGGCAAAGAGAAAAUCAAAUUGGGAGGAGAUGCAGGCAUGCCUGGAAUAGAAGAUAAUGACCCUGCUAAAGCUGAAGAUACUCCCACUGCUUUAAAGAAGCCACUUAUUUCAGCUCUUCAAAGUGAAGGUCGUCAACCUGUUAUGAAUCUGCCGACUGAACAGCCCCAUGCUCCAAAUCUGGCUCCAGGUUUGCACACUGACAGUGAUGGAAAUGUUGAUACUGUGAAGCAGAUACCUCCAAAUUCUCUUCAGCACUUAAAUUUUGAAGAAAAUAUGGAAAAUCAGAAAGAACACAAAAUUAAAACAGACCAGAUAAAACUUCCAAAGAGCAGAGUUAGUGACUUGCAGAAGAUGAAGCAAAGCCGAUUCUUUGAUGAGAAUGAAUCCCCUGUUGAUCCGCAGCAGGGCUCUAAACUGGCAGAUUAUAAUGGGGAUGAUGGUAACGUGGGUGAGUAUGAGGCAGACAAACAGGCUGAGCUGGCUUACAAUGAGGAAGAGGAUGGUGAUGGUGGAGAAGAAGACGUCCAAGAUGACGAAGAAAGAGAUCUUCAGAAUGACCUCGUUGAUUAUGGCAAGCCACGCUUCAGCGAUGGUGUUCUUUAAAUCCCGAGUUAAACAGGAAAUGUAGAUGUGAAGAGAUCUCAAUUGAAGAACUUGAAGUGCUGCAAAACUGAACCAUUUUUACUUCAGCGUUUCUUACUUUAAAAGAAGCCUGUAAUAAAGUGAUAAGUAUACUUAAAGUUAGUGAAGUAACACAAGGAAACAGUUCUGUAAAUAUGUACAUAGUUGUACUAUUGCAAAUUGUAUUAAAACUUCAUUUUGUUGUUACAUUGAGCGCCAAUUAGACUGUACCUUACCUGUAACAAUCUUUACAUUUAAAACCAAUAUUAUAAAUAGAGGCUGAAUUGUUUCUGCAAACUAGAAAACUUUGUAAACUGGAGAACUUGUACAGUUUGUAUCUCUCAUGUAACAAAUACACUGUGGAAACAAUGUAUAGCCAAAGGACUCCUUUUCUACAGUAAUACCUGUAUGAGCAAAACUACUCUGCUUUUUUCAUGAGUGCUGUGUUUUUGUAGUUUGCAGAUUGAGCUAUCAAUUGAGAAUGAAAACAAUGUUUAAAAAUUGUUCCUUCCUUAAUGUAACCGAGGAAAGAUAUAUGACAGAGAAAUAGUCUUCAGAAGCAAGUACCAUUUUAAUUCUAGUAUACAGUGACCAAAGCUUAUAGCUAGAGCUGGGAUAAUUUGACACAUUCUGAGAAAGUUGUGUAACUAUAGCUUAUUUUAAAAGGUAAAAUAGCACAGCUUGUAAGAAAUAUGUUUGUGUACAGGUUAAAGAAAGCAGUUCUUCAGUGAGAAAUAAAGACAAGUCUACAGCUUUGUAGGAACCAUAAUGGAAGGCACAACCCUUGCCAUCAGUAAAUACAAUGUUGUACGCACUGUUUUACUGUUUCAAGACCAUCCCUCCUAUGUCACAGUCACUCAAGUUAAUUUACAGUACUUUGAUACAAUCUCUUCAGACAUCUGGCAUGUUCCAUGUUUUGCUUUCCUAUCUCAGAAGAGUUUGUAAGUUAGAUACUUUUUGUAUUCUGUGUUUAAGCACUUUCUGGAUUUUAUGGAAAAGAUUCUGUUGAUCUACAGUAGUGAAAACUAAGGUUGGGUUAAUAACUUUAAUUCUUCAAAUUUCUCCAAAAGGGCUACUGUGAAAAUAAUUUAUAGGGCCUGUGACGUGGGUGAUUGUACUUCUAUUAUCUCUGUACUCAGGUUCAGAUUUAAAAUAACAGUUAAGGUUUGCUUGAUGCAAUCCAGUAAACCCUUUAAAUAAAUUUCAAAGCUCAAACAAUUUUUGGCUACAGGGAUCUCUUACUAAUGAGUCUUGAAUAUACAAUUUCUUCAUGAAAUAAAAGUUUCAGAUUCUGCUGAUGCACCUUUGAGGAUUUUUUUUUUUUGUUUAAGGCUUGAGCUUUGUAUGCAUAAGCCAAAACUUUUCAUUAUGUACUUCUGGGAGGCAGAUUGGGGGACAGCCCUUUACAUGGUGUGAUUAUACUUCCAAUUGAAAAUAAAAUGCUGAACCUGCUCAGACUUAGAAACCAUACUAACACCACACAAUAGAAUUCUGGUACAAGUUUAUACUUAAAAACAGUCAUCAGUAAAUACUGUAUUUAAGCACUGCAAAUUUUUUUUGUUCCUGUCUUAAAAUGUAAUUUCACCCUGAAUUAGGUGUUAACUUCAUUCUUCUAAUGAAAGCAAUGUUUAUUGGGUUCUAAUAAACUGUUUAAAGUUU